AAAUUUGGAUUGUUUGAAAAGCGGAGAGAUAUUUCACCAUAGUGCAAAAGAAGAUACAGAAGAAGAGAGCAGAAUGAGAGCUUCCCAAGUACCACAUGCCUGCAGCCUGUUAUCUUUAGCGAUGCUGUUCCUUCCAGUCACUGGAACGUCAAAACAAAAUAUCCCAAGACUUAAGCUUUCCUAUAAAGACUUGCUGCUUUCAAACAGCUGCAUCCCAUUCCUGGGCUCAACAGAGGGUCUUGAUUUUCGAACCCUGCUGCUAGAUGAGGAGAGGGGCCGGCUGCUAAUCGGGGCUAAAGACCACAUCUUCCUGCUCAACUUGGUUGAUUUAAACAAAAAUGUAAAAAAGAUUUACUGGCCUGCAGCAAAAGAAAAGGUAGAAUUAUGCAAAUUAGCUGGGAAAGAUGCCCAUACAGAAUGUGCCAAUUUUAUCAGGGUUCUUCAGCCCUACAACCGAACCCAUGUUUAUGUCUGUGGCACAGGAGCAUUUCACCCUCUCUGUGGAUACAUUGAACUUGGAACUCACAAAGAGGAAAUGGUAUUCCGGCUGGAUACUCAGAACUUGGAGUCUGGCAGGUUGAAAUGCCCUUUCGAUCCUCAGCAGCCAUUUGCUUCAGUGAUGGCAGAUGAGUAUCUUUAUGCUGGAACAGCUUCUGAUUUCCUUGGCAAGGACACUGCUCUAACACGUUCUCUGGGCCCUUCUCACGACCACCAUUACAUCAGAACGGACAUUUCUGAACAUUACUGGCUUACUGGAGCGAAAUUCAUUGGAACUUUUCCCAUUCCGGACACCUAUAACCCAGAUGAUGACAAAAUCUACUUCUUUUUCCGAGAAAUAUCACAAGAUAGUGGCACGUCUGACAAGACAAUCCUUUCCCGAGUUGGGAGAGUUUGUAAGAAUGAUAUGGGAGGUCAAAGGAGCCUAAUAAACAAGUGGACUACUUUUCUGAAAGCCAGGCUUGUGUGUUCAAUACCUGGUCCUGAAGGAGCAGACACACAUUUUGAUGAGCUGCAAGAUAUAUUCUUACUUUCUACAAGAGAUGAGAGAAACCCGCUUGUGUAUGGAGUCUUCACUACAACAAGUUCUGUCUUCAAGGGCUCUGCAGUUUGUGUGUACAGCAUGGCAGAUAUCAGAGCUGUUUUCAAUGGCCCUUACGCUCACAAAGAGAGUGUGGAUCAUCGCUGGGUACAAUAUGAAGGUCGCAUCCCAUAUCCCAGACCUGGUACAUGUCCAAGCAAAACCUACGAUCCGCUCAUAAAGUCUACCAGAGACUUUCCCGAUGAAGUCAUUAGCUUUAUUAAACGCCAUCCGCUGAUGUACAAAUCCAUUUACCCAGUGACGGGAGGACCGGUAUUCACUCGAAUCAACGUGGACUAUCGUCUGACUCAGAUUGUGGUGGAUCACGUCAUGGCAGAGGAUGGGCAAUAUGAUGUUAUUUUCCUAGGAACAGACAUAGGCACAGUCCUGAAAGUUGUGAGUAUCACAAAGGAGAAGAGGACUAAGGAGGAGGUGGUCCUGGAAGAGCUGCAGAUAUUCAAGCACCCUUCAUUUAUCUCGACCAUGGAGAUUUCUCAGAAGCAGCAACAAUUGUACAUUGGUUCCAGGGAUGGAUUGGUUCAGCUCUCUCUGCACAGAUGUCACACGUAUGGGAAGGCUUGUGCAGACUGCUGCCUUGCCAGAGACCCAUACUGUGCCUGGGACGGAAACUCGUGUUCCAGAUAUGCCCCCACUUCUAAAAGGCGAGCCAGAAGGCAAGAUGUCAAAUAUGGAGAUCCCGUUGCACAAUGCUGGGAUGUGGAAGACAGCAUUAGUCAUGAAACUGCUGAUGAAAAGGUGAUUUUUGGCAUUGAAUUUAAUUCAACUUUUCUGGAAUGUAUUCCUAAGUCCCAGCAAGCCUCUGUUAGGUGGUACAUUCAGCGCUCUGGAGAAGAACAUCGAGAAGAGCUGAAGGCUGAUGAAAGGAUCAUCAAAACAGAGCACGGGCUGCUGAUCCGCAGCUUGCAAAGAAAAGAUGCAGGAGCCUAUUUCUGCAAAGCCCAGGAGCACACCUUUGUCCACACCAUUGUGAAGCUGAAUUUAAAUGUCAUUGAGAAUGGGCAAAUGGAAAGCACUCAGAAAACUGAGGACGAGGAGGGCCGGGUGAGGGAUUUGCUGACAGAGUCCCGGCUGAGGUACAAGGACUACAUCCAGCUCGUCAGCAGCCCCAGCUUUAGCCUGGAUGAGUACUGUGAACAGAUGUGGCACCGGGAGAAGCGGCGGCAGCGGAACAAAGGUGGUGCCAAAUGGAAGCAUGUGCAGGAGAUGAAAAAAAAGCGAAACCGAAGGCACCAUGAGCCAGCCAGGCCACCGUCUACGUAGUUUGUAAAUGCUAUUUAAAGAAAGGACAUUUUCCAUGAAAAAAAAAAAAUACUGUGUUCUGGUUUUGGGCAUCUUGCCUAUGAAUUAGUACUGCUUCUUAUUGAAAUCAGAUAACUCACCAUCACUAUUAAUCUGUAUGAGACUGUACAAUGGGAUCCGAUACCAAAUGAGACGUUCCUUAUUGGAGUACCACACACCAGGCAAUAAUUUCAAAUGCAUUCAUUAAAAAGAAAUAUGUACACUUUUAGCUAGUUUCUGGGUAGCCUGAGGCUACGUGAGCUGUGUUCUGUACUUCCUGCAUAAUUU